GGUAGCCUAUCGAGUGACAGUGACGGUAAUGAGAUAUAAUCUCUCUGGAAAAAGAGGUAUCUUGGCUAUUCUCUAUCCGAGACCGACUGGAUUGCAAGGAAAUAACGUUUACCGUCGCACGGUGGUUUCAUAAUAGACUACAAUUGUUUUACUUAUCGUUGAAAAACAUGUCUGUAAUUUUCUUUUACGCUGACCAAUUAAUGCAAUCGAUAGCAAGCUAACCAACAUCAUUGGUAUCGCUGGGACGUCCGGAUACUAUUCCACAUAUCCAGUGGAACAAACCGAGUUACACUGCAAGACAACAGGGGCUAAUCUGAAGCGGCUGCUCUCCUGCUGGGAUGUCCAAAACCCAGAGGUCGGCGUCCAGGUCUCGCUCGCGCUCGCGCUCCGCGACCCGCUCCCGGUCACCCUCGUACUCCCGCUCCCGCAGCCGCUCGCCGACGCGAUCCAGGAAGCGGCGUUACAGCUCUAGGUCUCCCUCGCGCUCCAGAUCCCAUUCUCCGGCUCACAACCGGGAGAGGAAUUACACCCGGGAGUACCAGAACAACCGGGAGUUCCGGGGCUUCCGCGGCUCUCGACGGCCCUACUUUCGCGGUCGAGGACGGGGCUACUUCCCCCGCGGCCGCUUCCAGAGAGGAGGCCGCGGCGGCGGUAACUUCAACAACUACCGCAACAACAACAACAACAACUGGCAGAACUACCGGCAGCAUCCCCAGCAACAGCAGCAUCAGCAUCAGCAGCAGCAGCAUCAGCAGCAGCAGCAGCACAACAACUGCAACAGCCACAGCCCCAAGAGGGGGCGCUGUCGCUCCCCAAAGAAGCGCUCCGGCAGCCCGCCCUCGCGCAGCUACUCCGAUGACUCGUCCCGCCGCUCGCGACACUCCUCCUCCUCCUCCUCGUCCGGGGCCUCCUCUUCCAAAAAGAGAUCCGGCUCCCACAGCCACAAGAGGAGGCGCAGCAGGAGUGUGAAGGAGGAAGCUGCCGCCGCUGCAGCGUCCGCCGCCACCUCCUCCUCCUCCAAGGAGACCCGGAAGGGAGCCGCCGACGGGGAUGGGGAGCGGGGAGCGGAGAGUGUGGGAGGGCCGUCCACUGAGACGGAGGCCGAGGCAGGGGAGGAGGUGGGCUCCGGAGGCUGGCAGCCUGUGACAGAGACGAGUGGCGUAGUAGGCCAGGGCUCGUCACUGCCUGCCAGCCAGAAAAGCCCCUCUCCCAAAGGUUCUAAUGCCACCAGCAAUGGCACCCCCCUCUGGCAGGGCAUUGGCGGUGCAGCCCCCACAAAAAGUCCCCCUAAGAAAAGCCCCACGCCGGCCUCCACCGGAUUUGGCUUCUUGUCAAAAGACAGCAGAGGAGAUGACCAAUCCAUCUCCAGCGCAUUCAAAAAGUUCCUUGAGGAACAGAAGAGCAAACAGCUCAGUGAGUUUGAGAAUGGCAAGGAAGACAAUACAGUGGAGGAGAACGCUGACAGGAGAGACAAAGGUAGUGGCAAGACCACGGCUCAUGUCUUUGAGAAAGGGCCCAGCUUUAGCUCCAAGUUCUCCAGCCACAAUGGUAAAGCCGCCACAGAGCGGUACUCCUUUGAGGACUUCACCAUCAAAGCCUCCUGCAACAACUACUCCAGGGGUCCUGCCUUUCGUGGGCACGCGGAGAACGGAGAGGAACAUGAUGAUGAUGAUGAUGAUGAUGAAGGGCAUGGUUAUGAUGAUGAUGAUGAUGACGAUGAGAGCGCGGAGGUGUUGAAAUCCCAGCAUCAGAUGACGGAGGCGGACGCGGAGGCGCCGGCGGGGAAGCACAAGGGCAAGGCGGCGUUGUCGGCGCGCGAGCUCUUCGACCUGGCCUUCUUCCACGCCUCGCAGGACGCCGGCGACCUGGAGCUGCUGGAGCGGCAGCUGUUCCCCAACCGCAAGCAGGAGCGGGCGGCCGCCGUGGCCGCCGCGCUGGUCCGCCGGGAGAUGGCGGGGAGGCUGCAGGGAGCAGCAGCGCUCUCCCCAGAGAAAGGGCCCAAGGCCCGGGGCAAGGACAAGGCCUCCUCCACUGUCACGGCCCCAGUCCAGGCACAGGUCCAGGCACAGGCCCAGGCCCAGGCCCGGAGGCCAGGGGAGAGCUGGGGCUUGGACACACUGAUGGGUAUGAGGGAGAAGUCCCCGUCCAGAGUGAUUGGGAAACGGGGAAUAGAUGUGAGUGUGCGAAUGGACUCUCUUGACGACAAACUGUCAAGCCCCAACAAUCUUGUUGAGAGUGAGAGGCGCCUGGGUCGGGCCCAGCCUCAGCCCGCUAGAAAGGAGCCGGAGGUCCACUCUGCGGUCAAGCGCUCUCCGACAGGCCACGUCUGCCGCUGCUCCACCGACCUCUUCUCCCAGCACAUCGUCACCAUCAUCCACAACGUCAAAGCACAACACUUCUCCAGCUCUGGGAUGACUCUGACCGACAGAUUCGCCAUGUACCAGAGAAGAGCUGCAGAGAGGGAGACAAUGAAGGCACGCAAAAGCCCAGAAAUACACAGGAGAAUUGAUGUUUCUCCCAGUGCUUUUAAGAAGCACGCUCACCUGUUUGAGGAGAUGAAAGACCUCGGGGAGAACAGCUACAAGGCCAAAGGCAAAAAAGCCAAAGGCGACUCAGUGGAUCUGCGACUGGACAUAGAGCGCCGGAAAAAAUACUCCAGUCGCGAGACUGAGAGCAAACAUGAGCAGGGAAGAGACCCGGGAGAGUCCUCAGACUCGAGCCGGGAGAGAUCCACGGAGAAGGCAUCCAAGCAUCACAGCAAGCACAAGAAAAGCAAGAAGAAGAAGCGUGAACGUUCUCAUUCUUCAUCGUCCUCCUCGUCCUCCUCGUCCUCCUCUCAUUCCACCCGGGGGGAGGACUACCUUAAUGAGGGGGCAGGCCCCAAGGAGAGGGGGUUCAACAAGGCCCGUCUGGGGCCCCGAGAUUACGGGGGCCCCAAGGAGAGAGGACGGGGCCGUGGAGGCUUUCAGCUGAGAAUCAGAGGAAGGAGUUGGAACAGGGGAAAUUUCCAGAACAAUAGUAAUGGAAGUGGCCCUGGCAUGGGCGUGCCAGUGCACAACAAGCAGAGCGAGGAGAGGGAUCCUGACUACACCCCCAAGAGCCGGACAUACUACCUGCUGUCUCUGUUCCAGCACGACGACAGGCAGGGAGACCGGGACAAGCGGUGGAUGGAGAACCGCGGCGGGCGCGGCCGGGGCAGCUUCGUCCGUAGCGGAGGCCGCUUCCUGUUCCGCAAGGCUGUCCCCUCCUCCUCCGUGGCCGCCGCCACCACCACCUGCACCGCCUCCACCGUGACCACCACCAGCAACGGCAACGGCAACGGCAACGCCACCAAUCACGGCCCGAGCCCCAAGUGGACGCACGACAAGUUCCAGGGCAGCGCGGAAGAGGGCGAGGUGCACGAUGACGACACGGACCAGGAGCGCAAAGAGGACAACGGCAACGCCGGAGUGUCGGUCAGCUCUGGCCAGUGAGAGGUUUAAAGGCCUGGAUUGGGAUGGUGACCACCACCCCCGUGAACUUUGACCCGGAAGCAAAUCAUCAAAUCACACAAUCAUGCUUGUAUUUGCUGAAGUGGUAGAGGAAGUGCGUUGUUAUAGGGCACAGAGACAGUUUUGCUUGCGCAACUCCUUACUGUAGAUGAACACACACUCGUCAACAGAUGCAUCAAUGCCAAUGAUUCAGUCAUGACAGGAGCGGUGCAAGACUGUUCUAUCACUUUCAGAGGCCGUCAACAGGGUGGACUUACUCCAAGAUUGGAAAUGUGGUAUCCUCUGGCCAGCUGAGUCAGCUUUAAGUAAUAAUACAUUGUCUCUAAGACAAUGAAUGGCUGUAUUCCAAAACGCAGUGAAUUUUGCUGAACCAGUCAGCAAACGUUUUAUUUGUGUAUCACAUGUUUUGUUGGUAUCGUUGGAAGACCAGUGGAGAUAUCAUGAUUCUUAGCUUUCCUAUUCAUUUAUACAUCACUUGUUUUACAAAGCACAAAGCCGAGACAAUAGGGUUAGGCCUCAGAUGACAGAUCUAUAGUUGUUAGGAGAGUGAAAGGACAAUAUGCAUACAUUAGAUGUAUACUAUACUAAUUUGUUGUAGUGAUAAAAUAAUUAACUUUUGCUGAAAUAAAUGACAUAUUAUAACAUUAUAUGAACUACCUUGCAGUUUAGGGAGAGUUUAGAUGGAUCGACACAGAUAUCCAAACAUGCUUAGAAGUUCUAGAACUGUUAAAUAUCACAGUGAGUGACAGUCCAUGUGAAGUCCUAACAAAAGAAAACGCUGGAAGUCAUGCAGAAGGCUUUGAAGAUUGAUAAUGGUACAGAAAACUGCUUAAAGUUUGCGGAAGAGGCUAAGAUAAGAUCUAAGCGUUGUGGGGUACAGAGUGCUUGGGCCUCUCAUUGAGAAUGGGACCAAAUGAACAGAGGUCUAACCAGAAUUAACAAGUUGAGUACUAAUAACUGUCUGCUGCAAAUGGCAGUUUGUUUCUUUUUUUUUUUUUUUUUUAUAUUUUAUUAUAAUUUCUUGUUAGGGGCUAUCGAGUCAUUUUAAUGUGUAUGUCAGUUUCCUGUGCUGAUGAUUAUGUUCUUCUUUUGCAACGUGUUUGUGUGUACGCUGGUGGCCCUGUGGUGAAAGCUGCCAAAUGUGCAGUAACGUUAGGAGUACAAUGUGCCUUGGUCAUUUUGGUGUAGAUUUCACUCGUUCACAUGAACUGGUGGCAAAAGUGGUAAACCCAGGAAAUGAGUUUGGGGGUGACUGUUUUACUGCGUUUUGAAGAUGAAAGAAAUCUGGAGCUCUAGUUGUGACAUGAUGUAUGUACUUAGAGAGGCGUUUUUAAAUUUCUCUUUAAAGCUUUUGUUCUUUGUCUCUUGUUUGUUUUUAUAUCAGCACCAGCAGUGUACGCCUCUACUUUGCAAUUGAGUCCACUGGAAAACCUGAGAAUUUGGAAAUAAAUAAAAAAAACAAUUCAGCAACUAUUAAGAGAGGUAAAUGCAUAAUGGCAAUAUAAGUGCUGUUAAAAAUGUACUUUAAACUUUAAAAUCUAAAAUGACUGUUGCACUAAAGUGACCUGUAUGUCAUUUAGGUUCUGGGUUGCACUGUGUCUAUGUAUGGGAUGCACAUUUGGAUUGGACAUUUUUUUGUGGUUUGGGGCAAAUUGUUUAUAAUGGUCUUGUAGUUCUUGUUUUCUCUCUAGAUUGUCAAUUAAAACAUUUGAUUUAUUUAA